ACUUACCACAUGGCAUCAAGUGAUAUCGGCUCCACGAAAGAAAAUGGAUCAUUCAAGGAUCAGGAAAUGGAGAGAAUGGAUAUAGACACUCCAGAUUACUUAGAUCCAAAGUCAAAGAAAAAAUUGGUGUUGGUUAUCGCAACUCUUUGUACAUUAUCCUUCUUAGCGGCUUUUGACAACAUCCUCAUUUCGAGCAAUAUGCCCACAGUGGCUUCUGCUUUCAAUGCCUUCAAUCUGUACAGUUGGCCUAACACGGCCUUUUUGUUGACAAGCGCAACAGUGCAACCGCUAUAUGGUGUAUGUGCCAGUGUUUUUGGACGACGAAGAAUGCUGAUACUCUUCGCUAUAUGCAUGUAUCAAAUCGGGACAGUGUUGUGCUCUGCAUCUCAGAACAUGGUCAUGUUUAUUAUUGCUAGAGCUUUUUGUGGACUGGGUAUCGGUGCCUUUGAUACACUGAUGAAGAUUGUCGUGGCGGAUUACAUUCCGCUUAGAUAUAUCGGUAGAUAUCAAAGUUACCUUGGUGCAAGUUGGUCGCUUGGGUAUAUUGUUGGAGGACUUUUAGGCGGUGUGAUUAUCUCUCAAACACAAACUGGAUGGCGAAGCAUAUUUUUCCUUUGUCUCGGCGUAGGGUUUAUUGCCUUGAUCUUGACCAUCGUCGCCAUCGAAGAGCCCACACGAAAUACCAUGUCCAUGCAACAGCUUGCAGAAGUAGAUCUCUCUGGUAGUGCCAUUUGGGCUGUGGCUAUUGUUUGCUUGGUGCUUGCCUUGAGUUGGGGUGGAAGCACAUACCCUUGGAGUUCACCAAGUGUUAUUGCCUUACUGUGUAUAGCAGGUGUUGGGAUUAUCGUCUUUGUCAUCUGGGAAGUCAAGUAUGCAAAGCAGCCUAUUAUACCCAAGCGUCUAUUUACCAACCGAAGCACUGUGGCCGUAUUGGUAGCAGCAUGGUUAUAUGGAGGCUGUUUCCAAUCGCUGAUGACCUAUGUGCCUCUAUACCUCUCUGUCAUCAGAAAAGAAGAAGCCAUGGCCACAAACCUUGAACUACUUUGCCUUGUAUUGGUCGCAUGUUUUGCCAACAUUCUCACCGGUUUGAUUAUUGUGAAGACUGGCCAUUAUACCUGGGCCAUGCGAUCGUCCCUUGUCAUACUCAGCAUCUCGUGUGGACUGUUGACUCUUCUCAAGGUAGACAGCAGCAGAGGUCUCAUUGUUGGUUUAAUGAUCGUAACUGGUGUUGGUGCUGGGGGUAUCAUCAAUAGCGAAAUCAUCACGGCACAAGCGUCUGUUGCCUAUGAAUUUGUGCCAAUAAUUACACCGCUGAUGACGUUCUGCGAUCAGGUUGGUGGUAUCUUUGGUAUCGCCAUUGUUGGCUCGAUUCUCUCCAACCAGCUCUACGCAAAUAUUGCUGCGCUGAACUUGCCUGAUGUCUCAAGUGCUCUAGUUCGCCAAAGCUCAUCCUACAUGGACGCAUUGCCGGAACCUGCUAGAUCAAUGGUCCUUAAUGCCUACGCCAACGCAGUGAAUACUAGCUAUUGGGGAUCAGCAGCCUUUGCAAUUGUCGCCUUCUUAGCAACACUGUUGCUUAAACAUUACAAUAUGAGAGAAGGACUUAAAUAGUCUGAUUGAAGCUUUUUAUUAUUAUUAUUAUUAUUAUUUUGAACAAUUGUCCAUCCAUCGCAUACCUUUCUUUUACCAGA